AGUCGUAGUCGUCGGCGGAAGUAGUACCAGUUUCCCGUAGUCGCUUCUUGUCCUCAAGUUCGUCUCCGGCUCCCCGAUUCAGUGCCGCACGCGCUAACGGCUUUGCCAGGGCAUGUGAUAUACGAAAAGCCCUAUGCUAGUGCAAACCUAAACGACAAACUAGUGAUAAUUAUAAAAAAAAUUAUAAAAUAAAAUUUUAAUAAAAUAAUAUUAUAUAAAUAACCAAAAAAUAAAAUGAGUGACCAAGCCAAAGAGAUUGAGGCCAUCCCUCCUUCUGUUCAGGAUUUCAAGGCUCCCGAUCUCCCGGACAACAAACCGGUGCUCUUCUUCCAUCCGUACAACUUCCAUGCGCAAAAAGUUCUCAUGGUUUUCUACGAGAAGAAAAUCGACUUUUUUCCAUAUGUGGUUGAUCUGUGCAACGGAGAGCAGUACUCCAACUGGUUCCUAAACCUCAAUCCAAAGGGCGAUGUUCCAGUGCUCCAAGACGGGGCUUUUGUUAUUCCUAAUUCGACGCAUAUAAUCAACUAUGUCGAGAGCAAGUACCGAGGAGGCGCUUAUCGUCCGCUUAAACCCCCGCACAACUCCAAGGAGUUCGAUCAGAUUUUGGUGUACGAACAAGCAAUUAGUCGCUUGCCAGUGGGAACUCUUAGUCUGGGCUCCUUUAUCCACGAUGAUCUGAAGCUGGUACCCAAGGCGCCUUUCAUUGGACCUGUACGCCAGUCCUGUCUGAAAAAUAAUGGCAAGGUGUUGGACCUACUGCGCCGCUCCGUUGAUGAUCAGGCAAGCAACAAGGCAGCGCUGCAGCACAAGCUAGACAUCCAACUGCGGCGACAUGAACUAGCCUCCUCCCGCGAGGAAUUCCAGAAAGUAUUGGAUGCUGUGCGCCACUUUCUGCUUUAUGUGGAGCAGGAACUCUCCGCUCAAGCGCCGCGCAGCGAAUGGCUCACCGGCGAUGAGCUCACCGUGGCAGAUAUCUCACUGGGACUUCUGCUCCACCGGCUCUAUCAACUGGGUUUCGAGAACCAGUUCUGGGCCUUUGGCAAACUUCCCCAGGUGGAGGCCUACUUCCUGCGUUUCCGACAACGCGAAUCCUUCCACCGCCUGCAGCCGAGCAACUUUGCCAUACUGCGCGAGAUGUGGAUGCGGACGCCGGGCAAUUACAAACUAGGAGCAGGAGCCGGCUUCCUGGGUAUGGCCAUGUUUGCCGCCUUCGCGCACAAGUGAGCGGAGGAUCGGAACACCAGACUUUGUUAACAAAUCCUUUUACUGUUAAAGUUGGGCACAUAUAAACACGAACAUAAGAACGCUUAAAGCUACGCACUGCUGAUGAAGGAUGCGGGUGGUCAUGGUAAGAAGCGAAAAAGGAGGAGGAUGAGGAGCAGAACGCGAUCCAGUGCCAGCCUCGGCUGCUUGAAAAUGUCAUUGGUUCAUCAUUUCAUCGUCGUUGAAUAUACAAAAAAUUUGGUAUAAAUUCCAAUCCGUCACCUAA